UGUGACAAUACAUGGAUGUAGCCUAAGUGCACUUCGAAAGGGCUGAAGAUGUUGCAUUUGACUUUGCAGAUGUUGCACUCGGGGGCUCGAUUCUAAAUUUUCACAGCAAGCGCUUUUCUUUUCUUAGACCAACGAAAAUCACGCUCACGGCGAGACGCAACCAAUCGCAUGUGUGCGCAUUGAUUAUUUGAUUAUGUCAUCAAAAGUCGCAAACAAGACUAAUCAUUGUUUUGUUCACAAAGAUGCGUGACAUUGUUCUUGCCCAGUUUAUGCACCAAGUCAGUCUUUUUAGCUGGGAUGUAAACUAUUUGCUGGGUGCUCCUAGUCCAAACUUAAUAGAGAAGAUUUUGUCUGUGCCACUUGUUGCAUUCCUAUUCUCUCUACCUUGCAGCUGCAGGGAACACGUUUCUCUUGUAUCAUUCUUCCGUUCUUUCCUUUUUACAAUUAUACUGCCCAGUCAAACGUCAAUUCUUCCAUCAUGUUUGUCUAAUAAUUUUGAAGCUUGGCAAAAAAAAAAUUAACUAGCAAAAUGUCAUGUAGGGAAUUCCCAUGAGAGGCGUACCAAAUCUUAAAUGCACAUGGAGCAGCAGUAGAGGCACAAAAAGACGCUCUUAUCGUCUUCUUCCCCCCACCCCCUCCCCGCAGUCUUCCCUCCCACGGCGGCUCGAACCCUAGAUUUGUCGCUGGCCAUUGACGGGGUCAAUUCGCCAGGGCGGGCGCCGCGACCAGGCUGAUUGGUGGUCUAGGGUUUCCAUGAGGUCAAAUCAACAUCCUGGGUCGGAGCGGGGCAGAGGCAUGAGGUUGGGCGGUGGUGACGAAGGCACAGGAGUCACCGGCGGCAGCAACAUCUGGAGCUCGGAGGGCAACAACGACGACUGGGCAAAGGUUACCAGCGUGGCAUACUGGGACCCAAGAGAAAGCUCGAAGAACAAAGUUGAGAUGCAGAAUGGAGAAGUGCAAGAAAGCUCGUUUGUGGGCAACAAUGUAAGGCUGUACACUAACAUGGUGAGUGCUUUGGAGAGGGAAAACCCGAGGCUUAUGCAGAUAGUUAAGGAACUGGAACUGGAAAUCAAGAAGUUGAAGAAAGAGAAGAAGAUGAUUGAGAGGAGGCAUAGGGUAGAGGUUAAGAUUGAGAGGAGGGAUAGAAUGCAAUUUGUGCUUAUCGCAAUUUGUGUUAUUGGGUAUGUUUUAUCCUCUAUUUUGACAAGAUGGUUUUUGUAA